GAAAAUGAAGAGAACAAUCGGAGACCGAAAAAGAACAGCCAUGCCAAACAAGAAAUCAAAAUCCGACUGGCCAUGUGUAAAACCCAAGUCCAAUUUGAAGGUCUCUCACCUCAAAGGCGAUGAUCUGAUUACUGUCGUACACUUGAAUCUUGUCUCCUCCGCUUGCAUAUGUGAUCUCCAAACUCGUCCAUAUAUCUUUGGCUGUUGGAUAUUGGGUCAGACGGCUGACUAGCUUUUGUUCGACAUUUUGAAUCAACCACGUAAACACGCAGUGGUCUGCCUGCUGCCAUCUCUCGAAGGCUUGGUCGGUCCUUAGAGGGGGAAUUGGGACUCCCGUAAGGUGCGAUAUCAAUCCCCUUCCGCUGACUGCCGCCUUCAUGACGACGGCCCAGGUGGAGUAGUUUUCACCGUUUAGUUUCUCUCCGAUAACUAACGGUGAUGAAUCUAUUCUGAUCUGCCGGGUUUUAGUCGAUGGGUCGGGAUUGGUCCGAGACAGUGAUGAGACUACUCUGAGUCUCACCCCUGCUCUGAUACCAUCUUCAAAUGUGUAUCGGACAUGGUAUUCAGAUCCAAAAUUAUCUCACCUCUGCCGAGUCAAAAGCAUUUAGAGAUGCUGCUGAGGCAAUUGGUUUUGUUCACCAAGGGAGCCUUGGUCCCACAAUGGGAGAGGCUUAUAGAGACAAUGAUCGGAUAGCUGUUAAUGAUCCUGCUCUUGCAGAAGCAAUAUGGGGUGCUGGACUCAACCAGUUCUUUUCAGAUUUCAAGAUUCGAGGAAAAGUUGCAGUUGGGUUGAAUCCAAAUGUAAGGUUUUAUCGGUACACUGCUGGUCAACGAUUUGGUCGACAUAUUGAUGAGAGUGUUGAUCUGGGAGAAGGAGGACGUACAUAUUAUACACUAUUGAUCUAUCUAAGUGGUGCUCCUGGUAAAAGUAAAGACAAAUCUAAAAACGACAGUAGCUCUCAAGACUCUUUGGAUCCACUAGUUGGAGGGGAGACUGUGUUUUAUGGUCCUAGAAAUGCUUUGGUUGCUGAGGUAGUUCCGACAGAAGGCAUGGCUCUACUUCACAUUCAUGGUGAUAAGUGCAUGCUGCAUGAAGCUCGAAAUAUUUCCAUUGCAAUGCAGAUAUGCUGCUGCUGGUGGUUUGUCUAUAUAUUCGCCAAAGAAGACUGAGUUUAUUGGACCUCAAAUUUAUCUAAAACGGAUUAAUGUUUGCUAAAGCGUACACUGAAUUUACUCCUUUUUUAUUUUGCAUAUGCGGUUGUAUAAGACUAUAACUGAUUCUGUAUGGCUCAUUAGAGAAAAAUUACUCCCUUUGUCUACCGAAAAUAAAUCACUUUCCUUUUAAA